CAGCCCGGCCUGUUCUAGUCCACGCUGCUGUGCGCUCGCUCCGCCUGCACUGCUGGCGCUAGUCGCCGCCUGUUUCGGACUCGGCGCGCUCGAGUGCAGCGUUGGCGUCGCAGCCAGCCACCGUUCGUUGCGUGCCUUGUUUACUGCCAGACGGCUAGACUGCUAGAGCGCCCGUUGACAGGCGAAACACCUGCAGGUCGCACUGCUCAACAUCAACACGCUCGCAACACGCGCCGAUCGCUCGUUCGCUCCUUUCGUCCCCGUUUGCAUGGCCUAGUACUUUCCUUCAAUCGCCUUCAUGCCACUGCUGCACUCGCUGCACUCGCACUCGACCACCGCGUAACAUCCCACCUCCGUCACUCGUUCCGGCGCAUCGACGGCGCAUCGACGGCGCAUCCGCUCGCACAAAUGGGCGUGGUCAUCAACCCGGAGCCCGCGGCCCUCCCCGCAGCGGACCUGUCGCUGUUCCACACCACAGACGAGCUGCUCUCCAACUCGCCCGUCCUGAUCUUCUACGGGCCAACCUCCACUGCCGCGCCGACCACCAACUCGCGCAUCCAGACCCACGUGUUUACCCCAGCCGGCCUGUCGAGCUACGCACGGCUCAUCAUUUCGCCCACCGCCUCGUUCUACAAUGCCGUCACGUGCCUGCCGCGCGAGGAGCAGGGCGACGAGAUAUGCCGCGGGCUGGCUUUCAGUCUCUACAAGUACUUCGUCGAGCUGCCCGCCGAAGUGAAGAAUGCAUGGGAGCGCCGCUACAGCACGAGGGCCAACAUGCACAUGGCGCCUGCGCUGUUCACCGAGCAGCACGCGGCUAUUGUCGCUGCCAAGAUGGUCAAGGUCGAGAACGUGGGAGACGUCAUCGUGGAUGUGCGCCAUGCACUGGGAGAACAAAGCCUCUCGUGGGUGGACAUGGAUGUCGUGCUGCCGCGAGGAAGUGUAAAGAAGGCGGAUCUGCGGGAAUCGGCUCAGUUCGAGGAGCCAGAUGACGAUGCGCUCGAGCAGCAGUAUGGAUCGUACGCGCCAGUAAUCAGACUCUUCGGAGAGUCCACCUUCCUCCCCACAUCUCGUCUUCGCCGCGCACCAUCGAAAGCCAGUCAGCUCAGUCGAUCACAGUCGUUCUCGAGGAAACAAAAAGAGUCGCUCAGGCGUGAGAUGUGUGAGCUGCUGGACACGGAGGAAAACUACGUUUGCAAGGUUCACGAUCUCGUCAACAACGUCGCAGUCGAGUUUCGCAAAAAGGCUAGGCAUAGGUCGUCCUCGAGCAGUAGUCCCAACGAGCAGACGCUGCAAGGCUUGUUCCCUCCCAGCCUGGACAAGAUUCUCGAGGUCAACUCGAACUUCUUAGAGGAACUGCGUGUCAUCCUGGAGGAGACCGAGAAUGGCGCAAUCCAGGAUAUCGAGGAGACCACAGACGACGUUUUCAUCGCUCCACUGCGGGGUCAGAAAGAUCCGGCAGAUGUUACUGGAGCAGCACGGGUUGCGAAAGCACUCGUCGAGUGGUUCCCCAAGUUUGGCGAUUGCUAUACUGACUACAUGGCUGCACAUGGCGACUUCUCACAACUGCUAAAGGCCUUCACCAAAGAGCCUGCUUCCAGCUUUUCCAAGAGAGUAUACGAGACUGGUGAACAACGACUCACAUCAUUACUAAUCGAGCCUGUCCAACGUUUGCCUCGCUACAGCCUCUACAUCGACCAGAUCGUCAAGCAGCUCCCAGUGAGGCACCCAGCGCUCAAGACGUUCCUGAAGGCUAGAGACGUCAUUUCCGAGAUAUGCUCAAGAGAGGGGUCUACAGCGCAUCAGAUGAAGAUCGUCGAUCGUCUGCGCAAGAUGGUGUAUCAAUGGCCGACAUCAUUCAGACCUCAAGGGAGAUUGAUUACUGCCAUUGAUGUUGUAGAACUGGCACCACCCUAUCAUGGCGAGCUCAGCGGUCCUUCGACUAUACCAGGGAUCUUCGUCCUCUUCUCGGACUUUCUCGUGAUCUUACACAAGCCGAACGAUUGCACAACAAGUGCACGCGGUCUGAUGACUGACUUGGACAGCCCAAAGCUUAGCGACGCCGCCGACGAGUCUGAGCUGGUCUAUUAUCAGCAUAUCGGAUUGUCCGAAGUCUUUGUGAGCGAGCACGCAGAAUCCAGUAUAAUCCAACUCUUGUCGCCAGCUCCUCGCACAAUCCAGCUGGGACGACCACCGACGCCAGAUCGAACAAAUGUCGGCAUUCGUAUGUACUACGUGCAAGGUGCUUAUGAGGGCCGCGCGCAAAGAGUUAUCGAAGACAUCACUAAAGCCAGAAUCGAAGGACGCUUUUCUGAGGCAGAACGAGAGAGCUACAAGUGGGAGGUGCGAAGCCGACCUGGUGAUCUCAAUUUGUUCUCUUCUGUCACCGAGGACAAUGUCGAUGGUCCCCCUGAGGGUCGCCGAGAACCUGCGAAGAUCCAGAUUCUGGUUGAAGCGCCGAAGCUCUCACAGCCUAUCGAAGUGGGUUACGAUGGCAUUGAAGUGGUCGUCAAAAUCUCCGUCUUGGACAACGGCUUUUACCUCAUGGACAUCAAUGGGCUGAACGGCUACCUUGCCCGGGACAAGCUUACCAAAGUCGAGUUCCUGCCUGUCCUGACCAAACGACUUGCGAACUACUUUCAACAACGCAACAACAUCAAGAACCCCGCUCUAUCUGAGGCUUACCUCUUACGAAACCAGCUGAUUCUCCAGUCGCUGAAGCUCCAGAUCACGUAUCUAGAAGAAUGGAAUGAAAGGAAGAGUCGACCUGCUUCCCCUCUGAAGUCGCUCAGCAACAUCUUCGGCGCAAGUGUUGGCAGAGAUGGUAGCGGACGAAGGCUUCAGCGCAAUGCGCCUACCUUGGGCGACAUCCCACGCAUGGCGCCUCCACUCCAGCUCGUACCAACGCGUACACAGAGCCGCGAUGGGCCCAGCUCAAGACCAACCUCGUCAAGGAGUGGCUUUGAAGAGCUGCAACAAGUGGACUCUCUGACAAAACUGGAAGACUCAUUGGCGAACAUCACUAUGGCUCUGUCAGCUCGCAAGGGUAACAUCGUGGGCAGGUCCGUUCGCGCCAGAGUGGUUGCAGAUGAGCUUGUGGUCAAUGAGCUGUACAACUCGCUACUGGAGGCUCCUUCCAAUCUCGACCUCGCCUCACAGUCCUCCAUUGACGUACUUUUCGCCGUGUUCGACAAGUUCCUCAACGUUGCUUGGAAAGAAAGAAUGGGCCCAGUUCUGUCCCACGCCACUUUCGUGUCUCUGCAGAUGCGGUCAGACAGCAUGUACCCUGGAGAGUUCGAGGAGUACUUCCGCGCAACGUUCAACAAUCUUGCACCUCACAACCAACGGGCAACUCGAGUCAUUGUUCAGCUACUGGCGGAGUUGCUAGAUGGUACCAGCAACGAUGGAGAUCGAGGCAUACUAACAGCUGCGUUCGCUGAGAUGAUUGUGCCUGCCGGGAACGCCAAUGAUUUCAUAUCAUUGAUAGACCGUCUCGUCCAGGACAUGGAUGCACUGUUCCCUGCCGAGACCCCAGGCUUGACAGCGAACUUCGGAUCCGUGGACUCGAAGAGUCGUCAUAACGGCGGUGGCUCUGUCAACUCUUCUCUGAGACGGCGAUUCGGUUUCGGCAACUUGUCGCGAGAAAACAGCAAGUCCGAAAACGAAUCGAAGGUCAGCUCGCUCUGGCGAUCACUUAGCAAGAACAGUCAUAGCCAAGAGAAUUUCGCUGCCAGCGUGUCCAAGCAGGGAAGCCAGUCAGUCGGCCGAUCCAACUCCAUCGACAAUGGCCGCCACUCACCGAAACGACCAUCUUCACGCGAUCGUCCAACAGUCCUCGGCGCCUUCCAGUAUGACAGUGGAAGUCAGACUAACCGCUCUUUCCUCGGGGCCAUCAACGAGAUCCCACCUUCCAAGCUAGCAGUCCCCGUCCAGUCCCGCAGGAAGCGCCGCUCAUCGUUAAGUGAUCUCAAAGAGCUCAACUUUCAAGUCGACGACGCACCUGCUUGGUCAUCGCAGACUCCUCGUAGGCCCGACUCAACUAUGCCGAGGAAGCGAGAGAGCCGAGACAAACGAGAGAGUGUUUCUCCUCCGCGCACGCCCUUGCGCACCGCCGUGUCUGCUCACAAACACACAUCCUCCAUUCCAGGUCCCAUGCGAUUGGGCUCGCCGAUGAUAAGGAAAGAGAACGAGCAGCCUGCGCCGCCGGUUGCAAGAAGAGGCAGCAUACAGCCUGAGUCAAGACCCCUCCAGACUUUCACUCGCAGGGGCAGCGUCCAGCCACCUACACCAUCCACUCCUAGACGGGAGAGCAAAGAUGAGGUCACCAUCAAGUCUUUUGCACAAUCAACAUCGGGACACUCCAGACGGCGUGGAGAGUCCACCACUGCGAUACCUUCUCUCCGGCCGAUCUCUGGUUCCAUUGCCGGUUUGUCCGAACGUACAGGCUCCGGGAACCCGGUCAGACUACCUCCGUCCACACCUCGCUCCCCCAUCAAAGCUGUUGCACCCGCACCAGUCCUCAACGGCAGUACUACCGGCACCAUUUCGACGGUCUCGACAGGCACCCCGCGUAGACUUCGUAUGCAAUCACCACAGAAGCUGCGUGAGCGACUGCAGACCCAGCAGAAAGACAUCGAAAGCGCAUCGCAAGACUUGCAAAACGUUCUGGCCGACAUUGGCAAUGAAUUGAAUGCUAAGAGCACCCCGCGCCUCCACCCCCAAACUUCUGCUCCUUCGCUGGGUUCGGGCACGCCUAGCAAAGCACAGUCUAUGACACUGGAAGCUCGGAUAGCGGCUCUGGAGAAGCAGUGCAAGGCAACGCUUGAUGCCCUGUCGACUCGUGCGACCACCAUCUCAGCAGAUGUCACCACGUCUCUUCAAGUCUCCGAGGCACGCGUCAAACAGCUCGACCAGCUCUACCGUGACUCGAACGCCGAGAACGAGGCAUUGUACGCACGCUUCAACGAGGAGCUCGAAAAGGCAACAAGCAGUGUACGCCGAGGCAAGGUCGGUGAGGAAUUCGAUCGCCGGUUCAGGGCUAGCGAGGAAGAGGCGGCAAGGCUGAGGAAGGAGAAUGCGAGGCUCAAGAGGGAGGUUGCAGGACUGAAGGCGCAGAUCAGGGAGUGAGUGAGUCGCACUCACCGCCCCACUGUCUUUUUCCUUCACCUCGCUCUAUGCGCACAGACAGCUCGAUUGACACAUAGCAGGUGGCUUCCGUCCAUCAGCUUGUUCGCAGUACAGUUCGUUCUCGAUUACCAGGUUCCUCUCGCCUCGACUGUCGAUGUAGUCACCAAGGGCGCCUAUCUGGCCCUACACCACAUCAGGACCGCCCUCGCAUUGAUCUUCGAGUGUCCCAAGAUCGUCCUGUUACUUUUACUCAGUCCUUUUCUGGUACUGUCUGGAAGGCGUCGCAUUGGAGGAAAUAGCAUUGCUUGGAGUAUUAAUGACAGAAGCAUUGGUCAGCAAGCUUAAGCGGGUUUAUCAUUGCAGGAGUUCUAGCAUCUUGGAGCAGGGCAUUAUACCAUUUGCAUAUUCAACGGAAACAAUCAACAGCUUUGCUGCUAACUUGCC